AUGUUCGCCCGUAAAUUUCUCCAUAUCGCUCGCGCGUCUUCGCGCGGGCUUGCAACCCAUGCCCCCUCGUCAUCUACUAUGCUACCCGCCGUGCUGCACCUCAAGACCGGGCAGUCGUUCACUGGCCGUUCAUUCGGCGCCCCGAAGAGCAUCUUUGGAGAGACUGUCUUUUCGACGUCGAUCACCUCCUACACCGAGUCUAUGACCGACCCCUCCUACCGCGGUCAAAUCCUCGUAUUUACCACUCCUCUCAUCGGCAAUUAUGGCGUUCCCAAAAACGUUACUCCAUCGACAGCCAAGACCCAACAUCCAAUGCACGGCGUUGUCGUUGCCGACGUAGCCGAGAAGUUUUCGCACCAUGCUGCAGUUGAGUCCAUCGCAUCGUGGUGCAAGCGCAACAACGUUCCCGGUAUCACUGGCGUCGACACUCGCGCGAUCACCACCCUCCUCCGUGACCAAGGCACAACCCUCGGCCGCCUCGCCAUCGGCGCUGACGCGUCUCUCGCCCCUCCCUCCGCCGAGGAGUACUGGGAUCCUACGACCGAGAACCUUGUCAGCCAAGUCUCUACCAAAACCCCUUACGAGCUCAACCCCACUGGCGACGUCAAGAUCGCCGUCCUCGACUUUGGUGCCAAGGCCAAUAUCCUCCGCUCCCUCAUCCGCCGUGGCGCCGCGGUCACCGUCCUGCCCUGGAACUACGACUUCAACAAAAUCCGAGAUCGCUUCGACGGCCUCUUCCUCACCAACGGCCCUGGCGACCCGAAUCACUGCAUGGAGGCCGCACUUCACCUUCGCCGCACGCUGCACGAGUGGGACGGCCGGUUCAUCGGGAUGGCGGCCGGUCUGGAGGCGUAUCGGAUGCGGUUCGGGAACCGCGGGCACAACCAGCCCGUGCUCGCGCUCGCGUCCGCGGGCUCGAUCCGCGCCGGGCGCGUGUACGUGACGAGCCAGAACCACCAGUACGCGCUGAAGCUGGAGGACCCGUUCCCGGCCGGGUGGGAGCCGUUCUUCAUCAACUGCAACGACUCGUCUGUCGAGGGCAUCAAGUCCACUUCCGACUCGGGCAGGAAGGUCUGGGGUGUCCAGUUCCACCCCGAGAGCGCCGGCGGGCCGUUGGAUACGAUUGAGAUGUUCACCGACUUCUUGGCGGAGUGCCGCGCCCACAAGCUCCAGCUCAACCUGUCAACGUCGCAACCCAUGGCCGCUGCGGAGGUCAUGCCUGAGCCAGCUGUCGAGACUCUCAAGCCUGUGGCUGUCGCUGCAUGA